AUGUCGUCAACUGCUGUAGAGGAAUACUUGAGUCCUCCAUCGUCCCCUAAUAGGACAAACCAUCAAAAAAAGAGGAAAACAAGAAGAAGCAGUGGGAAUUCUAUGAUGUCCUAUGAUCGAAGGAAUCCUAAAUAUGUACCACCAUGGACCACUCCUUACAUAAUUGGUGUUGGUGGUCCAUCAGGUUCCGGAAAAACAAGUGUGGCUUCAAAAAUUGUAUCAAUGAUCAACGUUCCUUGGACCGUUCUAAUAUCGUUGGACAAUUUCUAUAAACCCUUGACUGCUGAAGAAUCGGAGAGAGCCUUCAAAAGUGAGUAUGAUUUUGAUGAACCCGCUGCAAUUGACUUGGAUUUAGCUUACAAAUGUAUUUCAAGUCUGAAAGAAGGCAAAAAAACCGAUAUUCCGAUAUAUAGUUUUGUAAACCAUAACAGAGUUCCUGGUAAGACAAUUCCCAUAUAUGGGGCAAGUGUAGUCAUCUUAGAGGGAAUAUAUGGGUUAUAUGAUGAAAAAUUGUUGAAUUUAAUGGAUAUCAAGAUUUAUGUAGAUGCAGAUUUAGACGUAUGUCUGGCAAGAAGAUUGAGUCGUGAUAUUGUUUCUCGAGGACGUGAUCUACAUGGAUGUAUCGACCAAUGGGAAAGAUUUGUUAAACCUAAUGCUGUUAAGUAUGUCAAGCCAACCAUGAAAAAUGCAGAUGCUAUCAUUCCCUCUAUGGGUGAAAACACCAUUGCAGUAACACUACUAGUAGAUCAUAUUAAAUCAAGGUUAGACCUAAAAUCUGAGAAACAUAUCAUGGAAUUGAACAGGUUAUGUGAAAUAUCAUCUGGCCAUAAAUACAUCACGUUUGCUAGUAAUCCUAAGGUUAUAGAACUGGAACAAACGCAUCAAGUUAAAGCAAUUUUGACAAUGAUAGUAGACAAAGAUUGCGACCGAGAUAGUUUUGUUUUCUUUGUUGAUCGAUUUGCUAUGAUUCUGUUAUCGAAAGCACUCGAUAAUGUACCUGUACACAAACAAGAAAGUUUAACUACGGCCUCCAAUUAUCACAUUCAAAACGCUUUGAGGUGUAAUUUUGAUCGAAUAACAUCCGUAAGUUUGAUACGUUCUGGUGAUUGUUUUAUGAAAUCAGUAAGGAAGACUAUCCCGAACAUUACUAUUGGUAAACUUUUAAUCCAAUCAGAUUCUCUUACUGGUGAACCACAAUUACAUGGAGAAUUUUUACCAAAGGACAUAGCAAAAUUUCAAAACCUUUUAGUUUUGCAAGGGCAAGUCAUUACAGGAACUUCUACACUGAUGGCAAUACAAGUAUUACUUGACUACGGUGUCAAACUUGAACACAUGACAUUAGUCGUAUUUCUUGCAACAGAAAUUGGAUUGAAAAGAAUCAUCAAUGCUUUUGGAAACAAGAUAGCUAUAAUUGUUGGUAAAAUUAUUAUGAAUCAGGACAUGAAGGAGAGUCACAUGAAAUGGGCUUCCUCGAGAUUUAUAGAUACCAAAUAUUUUGGUUGUAAAUAA